CGAAGUAAACCCAUACGUGCUGCAUACGGGAAUCCUGUAAAUCGUCGGCGUAAAAUAGCCGGUGCAAGCAGCUAAUCGUGAUAAAAUAGGCAACGGUUUAUGUACUGAACACGAGUUCCUAUACGAUGUAUCUCCACAUGGCAACACUGUCAGCUUCGGGGCCGCGUAGGCUUUGGCCACCCUGCAUGUCAGCCUCGCAAGCCUCCACGUUGCUUCGAUGUAAGCUUUUGGGCCGCAAACUUUUGCCUUUCGGCGAAAACAUACCGUGCAACGGUCAUCCACGUACACACGUGUACAUGAGCUUUAGCGUUGAUCUUAUCUGGAUCUUGGUAUUCGUUCUAGUCUUAUCAACUUUGCCAAACAGUCUUGGAUGUAGAGCGCCCUUUCGUGAACUACUUCGCAGCCUCGAGUGACUCUGCAAUAUGCUUUCGUUCAUUAGGAUUACCUU